CAUCGUUAAUGCACAAGUUAGCAUAUUUAUCUGUAAUAUUUGUAAUGCAGUAUUUGCAGGGGAAGGUUAUUAUGAUCUGGCUCUCAGGUGACGGUGAAUGACGUCACGCGCCUCGGCCCCGCCCACCGCGCGAGCUUCUGAAGCUGCAGCGAGCGCGUGAGAGUUCAGGUAGAUGCUCAACAUCUCCUCAUCAUCAUCAUCAUCAGCAUCUCUCCUCCUGUCCGCUCCGGGAGUCAGUUUCUGAAACUUGAGCCGCGAUGGGUCGGAAGGAGAUCAACUGCAGCUGGAAGAAAAUCACGGACAACAUCAAGGAUGUUUUUGACUUCAAGGAAGUUCUGGGAUCGGGCUCAUUUUCUGAGGUCUACCUGGUGAGAGAGAGAAAGACAGGGAAUUUCUAUGCCCUGAAGUGUGUGAAGAAAAAACAGCUGCACCACUCGAACCUUGAGAACGAGAUCAAGGUGCUGAAGAGGAUAAAGCAUGAUAAUGUGGUGGGAUUGGAAGAUUUCUACGAAACGAGAACACACUAUUACCUGGUCAUGGAGCUGGUGUCGGGCGGAGAGCUGUUUGACCGUAUUCUGGAUCGAGGUGUUUACACAGAAAAAGACGCCAGCCGUGUGAUCAAACAGGUCCUGGAGGCCGUGUCCUACCUGCAUCAGAACAGCAUCGUCCACAGAGACCUGAAGCCUGAGAACCUGCUGUACUACAGUCCAGAAGAGAACGCCAAGAUCAUGAUCAGUGACUUUGGUCUGUCGAAGAUGGCCGAUCACGGCGUGAUGUCCACCGCCUGUGGAACACCAGGAUAUGUUGCUCCGGAGGUUCUGGCUCAGAAACCGUACAGUAAAGCUGUGGACUGCUGGUCUAUCGGCGUCAUAACGUACAUCCUGUUGAGCGGCUACCCACCGUUUUACGAGGAGAAUGAAACGCGCCUUUUCUCCAAGAUCAUGAAGGCAGAAUAUGCGUUCCACUCGCCCUACUGGGACGAAAUCUCUGAGUCAGCGAAGGACUUUAUCAGGCACAUGCUGGAGAAGAACCCUUCAAAACGCUACACAACUGAACAAGCGCUCGCUCAUCCAUGGAUAAUUGGAGACACGGCGCACAAUGACAACAUUAUUAAGUCCGUCUGUGAGCAGAUGCAGAAGAACUUUGCCAAAUCCAAGUGGAAGCGAGCCAUCAAUGUGACGAUGGCGGUCAGUCACAUGCGACGGCUGCAGCUCGCCCACGCUGACCCUGUGUCCCCGGCCAAGACCACGAGCCCGACCCCGCUGAUCGAGGUGCUGGACGUCUCGUCUUCCAACCCGACCCCCGACGAGCUGGACACCAAUGGGAACCCCUCAUGCAGUCACAUGAGCCUGUCUCCUCACGCUGAUGGCAGCAGGGGGCGGGGCCCGCUCAAGGCGUGCUACAGCGAGCCGAUGCACGCGCUGGUCAUCUCUGAGACCGGUCAACACGCGUAUCACUCAGAGUCUGACCUGUGCGCGCCGGAGUGCGCCGCCAACAGAUCGGACAAAAUGAUUCAUGGCACAGAUGGGCGUGGCCAGACCCUGCAGACCGGGGUUUGCUCUGUGAUGUAAUCGUCUGAAUGACAGCUGUCAGUCAAAUGAAAUCCUGUGUGUUUAUCUGUGCGUCACAGACGAGUCACACGAGUGCCAACCGCACACAUCCGCUUCUCAAACCUUCAUCUCUGACUGGACAACGUGUCAUUUUAUGGAGGCUGGGAACGGCAUUCCUCUCAGGGAUUGAGCUGCGAGACCGUACGGUCCGUUUAUCGUAUUAUUUCACCUACUGUCUGCAUACUCAUGUACAGUAGUCGUAUUUACACCCGUGGUGAGCUGAUCAGGGUGCAUCAUGGGAAGGACGCGUCACAUGUGCCACUGUUCUACUGUGAACGGCUGCGUGUUUGAGUGUUUUUACUGUCAGAAAUACUAAAGGACUGUGUUUAAAUAUUAUUUUCUUAUUUAAAACUCAUCCUCGCAGUUAUUCUCUCUCUGUUUGUGUUUUAUAUGUGCUUAUAAGAGCAUUUGAUCUGUUUAAAGCUCAGUUUAGGGGCUUAUUAAGUGUGUGUCAUGAUCACAGACCCCUGCUGAAAUCUAUAAAUAUGCUGCUGUAUGUCUGUAUUAAAAAACAUAAAAUAAAACUGUUUACACACCAA